AUGCAUGCCGAUACAUUGAUUUUCAAUGCAUCAUCGGUCAUUAGAACAUUAUCUCUAAAAAAUUCAUUGCAAUGCAUUGGACAUUUAUGGAAUAGACCAUCCAAAGCAAAUAUCACUAGUAAAUAUGCUAAAACACUUUUGGAUGUAGCUGGUGCUGAUGGUUUACUUACUGAUGCUGAACGAAAAUGGAUUAUAGGCUAUGCAGCAACACGCGGUGUAAAACAAGAAGAACUUGAUGUCCCUAAAGGUUAUAAAUUAGGUUCUGAAGAUUCUACAGCUAUUUUUAAUAAUGAUAGUAAAUAA